UCGAAUUAGGAAGAUGCAUUCACCGUACGUAUGAUAGCACUCUUUUGUAUUAUAUAUGUGAAGCAUCCAACGGUAUCUAUCUACCUAUAUAUAUACAUACUUACGUAAUGGGCCAGUGAUGCACUUGUGCAAAGAUAAUGGCUACACCCAGAUAUAUCGCAUUGAAAAAGCUUGGGAGAGAUAUACAGGGAGAAGAGAGUGGGGGGGAAAGGGAGAGCGGGGGGGAGAGAGAAUAUGGAGAGAGAAACAGGCGAACUCCCGAUGACGAGAGUGGGAGAGGAGUUUUGGAUGGAGAGAACGAGACACCAUGGAUUGCGAGAAUGAGAGAGUACACGACGAGAAGAGAGAAUAAGGAGAAAGAGGGAGAGAGCACGCGAGCGAGAGAGAGGGAGGAGAGGAAUGGAGAGAGCGAAGAAGAGAUAAGAGUGAGGAUGGAGAGAGAUAGAGAGACAUGGAAGGACAGAACAGAGGAAUGGCUUUGUGAUGCAGCAAUGAGAGGGGAUGUUGAAUCACUAAAGGAAAUAAUGAAAAUAGAUGGUUACAUUCUGGAUAAAGUUUUGGUGGGAAGUUUCAAAGGAAAAAAUCCUCUUCACAUAGCUACAUCAACAGGGCAGAAAGAGUUUGUUCUAGAACUUUUGGAGUAUAAACAAGAUCUUGCUAAAGCUGUAGACAUGGAACUAGGCACUGCUCUUCACAUAGCAUCCUCUAAGGGGUAUCUAGAGAUUGUGGAACUUUUAUUGGAAGUUAGCCCUGAGAUGUGCACGGCUCGUGAUCGAGAAGGUAAUAACUCUCUUCAUAUCGCUGCCAUGAAAGGUAAUGUUGAAAGGUAAUGUUGAAGUAUUAAAGCUGUUGCUUCGAACCAACCCCCACUCAGCUCGAGUUAUUGUGGAUCAAGGUGACAAUAUUUUGCACUUGUGUGUAAACUAUAAUCAGCUUGCAAGUUUGAAACUAGUGCUAGACAAGGUGCGAGACAAGACUGGAGAUGAAAAGUUUGUCAAUUCUACUGAUAAAAAUGGCAACAACAUAUUGCAUCUCGCAGUUUUUGGUAAACGAUGUGAGAUUAUCAAAUAUUUGCUGCUGGAGCGACCGAAAGAAAAAAAAGGUGUCGAAGAGCUUGGCCAAAAAAUGGAUGUGAAUGCAAGAAAUGGAAGUGGGUGGACGGCGUUGGAUAUUCAUUCCCGAAUAGCAAAGAGUGAUGAUAACAUUAGUGAGUAUCGUGAUAUCAAAAGCGUCCUACGUGAAUCUGGGGCUAAAAAGUCCUACAAACUUUUUUUUCCAUUUGAUCCUUCUUGGCAGAAGAAGAAAAAGGAUACAUUAAUGAUUGUAUCAUCGCUGAUGGCAACGAUGUCAUUUCAAGUUGGGAUCAACCCUCCUGGAGGUGUUUGGCAAGAGACAUCAGAAGGACACGAAGCUGGAAAAGCUGUAAUUGCUUAUACCAAUUCCAAAUCGUAUCCGUACUUGGUGUAUUUCAACACGAUAGGAUUCCUUCUGUCUUUGACUACAAUCUUAGAGCUCAUUGUUGUUUUGCCAACGCAAAAAAGGGCUUUUGGGAUUAUUCGAGCUGGAAUCUCGUGGUUGACGAUCAUGAUCAUGGCAUUCACUUAUACAUUUUCCGUCACUGUUCUCGCUCCCACGGAGAUGUAUAAGUCCGUAUACCUUGUCAUUUUGGCUACUGUUGCUGUCUGGGCCGUUGGGAUAACAUUUUUCCGCGUAGCAACACAAGAGGUUCAAUUGAUACUACUUAGCCUGCCACUAUCUCUGCCAGUAAUACUAGCUUUAGCUUUGCCUGCAAUUUUAUAUGGAUGUUACAGUGGAGCGGCCGAAUAUUUUUGUCCAACUGAGCCCAUUGAAAGUACUGUCCAGUCGACUGGAGAUACGGCCUCACCACCAAAUCCAACUGCAGCUAGCCAGAACGAGACGAGUGUUUCGAUCCCGGAGUAAUUAUUCAAUGGCCUUUGGCAGUGCCAAGUCACCACGUGUUGGUGCCCUAAAAGCACUCAAUAGUUGUUCUUCGAUCAUGCAAUGCCUUGAGUUUUUUAUUAUUUUUGCUUGUCCUCGUUGUGUUUGUACUUUGUGGUUAUGCUACAAAUUUAAGUUACUUGUGUCGUGCAUCUAAUAAGAUUUGUGGUAUUAAUA